CCUUGUAUCUAACCCUAGCCGCCAUUUGUCCUUCCCCUAUUACACCCACGGCAGAGGAAAACAAAAGAAAAUAAGGAAAUAAAGAAAGAAAGAAAAGAAGAGAAGAGGGAGGCGGCGCGAUGGGUGUCACUGCUACCGUCGCUGCCGCUGCUAAUCGAGAGAAGGGGAGAUCCAAAAAAGAGAGAGAGAGCGUUGGUGGGAGAGGAAGACCGCUGCCACAGCUGCCGCCGUUCGUCCUCCAGCUCGUCGCCACCAUCGCGGAUUGCCACUGACCUCGCGCCCGUCGCUGCCGACCACGAGCCAGAGGAGAAGAAGAACGAUGCUGUUAUGCCGUUUCUCGCUGCAGAUGAAGCUCGCCGCCGCAGCUGUUACUAUUCGCGCCGUCGUCGUCGCCGAAGGGAGCCAUCGUCGCUGUCAUCGGAACAGAGGGCGAGAGAGAGACAGAGAGCUCGCGGUGGGGGAAAGGAUAGGCGCCGCCGUUCCUGCCGCCGUCCAGCCUCAGUUAGCACCGCCGAAGCUCCUGCCAUCACCGUCGUUGAGGAAGCUCACCGGAGUUGCUGGAGGCUACCGCCGCUCUACCUGGUUCUGUUUUGAGUCGCGCAACCGUGUCCGUGGCCGCCGGAGACCGUAUCUGAAGCCUCUGUCUUAUUGGGUUUUGGUUGUUGCAAGUUACUCGGCUAUACGCUGUUGUCGGAACCAGGCCAGAUUUACCGUGUUACUGCCAUCAGGACAGAUGCAUAGGUCCCUGAUUAUGUUCUUUGCUGCUCCAUCGUUGUGUUUUCUAUAGCUGCAGUCGAGUUUCGGUAAUCGCAUGGUUGGAGUAAAAGCCGUUUUUGUUGUUGUGAAAGUAAACGGAACUGCGGAUGCAGCUGUCGCUGAAUGCGAGCCGAAAGAAAAAGAGUUUAUGUCUCGUAGUUAGAUCGCAAUCGAGGUAGGGGUUUUUCUUAAAAUCUAAUUUACAUUACAGAGUUGUGAUAAAUAGAUAUUGAUGCAAAAAGAUAUAUUUCUGUGAUUAUAUUUGUCUUGUGGAUGUGAUUGCUUGUUGGACUGAAUUAUUGGGUGUUUGAUUGCUUGAGUGAAGUAUGGUUGUUGAUAAGAAAUGGAUUUGGAAAAGUCAUUUACUUGAUUAUUAUGAAAAGUGGUUUUUCUUGGAUUGAAGUUAAAGCGGUU